AUGGCCAGCCGUUCUGGCGGUGGAGGAGGAACUGGAAGCACUAGCACAGGAAGUCCAUUUGUCAUCGAGCACGACGAUGAAUCAGUAGUAGAUAAUGACCUUUUAGAAGAGGAUGAAUCCAUCGAAGCGGACGACCCCCUCCACAACGAUCACACCACCACAACCGACCGCGCCCCUCUAACCGGCAACAUCGGCUCAAACUCGUCCUCCUCCGCCCGCCCCAACAUUACCAGUUCAUACCUCACCUCCUCCAUCCCGGGCGAAGACAGGCGCGCUCCGCAAAAUACCAUUGACGAGACCGUCUGGGCAACGCUAUCACGCGACCUGCUAGCCGUCUGGGAGAAGAUGCGACAAGUGCUGUGGCCCAAGUAUCUGCUUGGUGGCAUGUUAACGCGCGGGGGAGGGAUAGGAGCGGCGGAGCGCGGGGAGGCGACGGGCUUUGGCAAUGGGCGUGGUGGCGGGAUUAGGGGGUUGGUGGGACGGUGGCCGGAUGCGGAUGUUGUACUACAGGCGGGUAUGAGUGAGGGGUUAAGGGAUUGGGAUCUUUGGGGUCCAUUGAUUUUCUGUCUGCUGCUCAGUAUGUUUCUGUCCAUGCGGGCGCAGGGUGACCAGGCGAGUCUGGUCUUUUCGGGCGUCUUUUGCAUAGUGUGGAUUGGUGAGGCGGUGGUGACAAUGCAAAUUAAGUUGCUGGGAGGGAACAUCUCCUUCUUUCAAUCCGUCUGCAUAAUCGGCUACACACUUUUCCCCCUCGUCAUUGCCUCCAUCCUCAGCGCCUUUGGUUUACCUGUCAUAGCUCGCAUCCCGGUCUACCUCGUCUUGAUAUCCUGGUCACUGGCUGCGGGAAUAUAUGAAACCACUGAAUGCCCCCAUAACAAAGAACUUGAAUGGUUGAUGGAAGAGGAAGAAGAGGAAAACGGGGUACCUUGUAAUUCAACAACUCCCUUAUCUUCUCUCAACCUUUUCCUCAUGUUAUAUACGGAAUACGGUACCUCCAAGCUUACCCCUGACAGUUGCAGUUUGAGUAGAUUUGCCUCCCAGAGUCUUAUUCUCCUGGUCCAACAGGAUAGCAGUAAAGCAAUAGCUUCUUUCGGUAUUUCUAGAGAACUGAUCAUUUCUGGAACCAAAACAAUCGUUGGGAUGCUCGAAAAUCCACCGAUUCAUCGUAGGCGGUAA